UUCACAAAAAAGGAGCAAAAGAAAGUCAAGAUGGUGUUUGCGAAGUACAGUUUAAUAUUGCUGCUAGUGUUCAAUUACGUGCAAGGCGACAUGCACGGUAAGCUACUGGAUGAGACAGAAGAAACCAUGGACCUGGAGGCAUACCAUCCAAAUCGCGAUCUUCCAAUACAAAAUUCGAUCGUAUCCCAUCAGAGGAGACAUUCGAAGUCGAAGAGACGGAUGAAACGAAGAUACAAAUGCUACAGUUGUGAGCCGCCCGACUGUUUGGACACGACCGCUCACGCCCAUCUCUGCCAGAAUGCGAUCCAGUGCUGGAAGUCGCGAAUUCGUGACCAGUUUGGCCACGAAUCGGUGUCCCGUGGGUGUACGACGACACACGAGCAGCUGCCGCUGUACUGCAAUCAAAAUCUGAUGAACAGUAGCGGUCCGAAGAAGCGCCACGCCACCGGAACGUACAACAUCGAGUGCUGUACGGGGGAUUACUGCAAUAACGGUAGCUUUCCGGCUCUGCCACCGAUCGAGUAUCCAAGUGACGUACAGAAGCUAGAAACGCGUACCUACUAUGUGAAGUUGUUUGUGGCUAUUUUUGGUCCAAUCUUUGUGAUCUUGAUUGUCGGGUCUAUCAUUUUGUACUUCAUGCGACGAACGCACCACAAACGAUUGAUGGCCACGAGAAGCAAAAAUGAUCCUGAAACCUACUACGCCAGUGAUGAGAUUCUUCGAGCUACCAGCGCUGGCGACAGUACCUUGAGGGAAUACCUACAACACUCGGUAACGUCCGGUUCCGGCAGUGGUCUACCAUUGUUGAUCCAACGAACAUUGGCCAAACAGGUCUCUCUAUUCGAGUGUAUAGGCCGGGGAAGGUACGGAGAGGUGUGGCAAGGAGUUUGGCAUGGAGAAAAAGUAGCAGUCAAAAUUUUCUUCUCUCGAGACGAAGACUCUUGGAAGCGAGAGACUGAAAUCUAUAGCACCGUUUUGCUGCGGCACGAGAACAUCCUCGGCUACAUAGGAUCCGACAUGACGUCCCGCAAUUCGUGCACACAGCUGUGGCUCAUCACCCACUACUACCGGCAGGGAUCUCUGUUUGAUCAUCUGAACCGAACUGCCUUAAGCCACCAUCAGAUGGCUAACAUUUGUCUCUCGAUUGCCAACGGUUUGGUACAUUUGCAUACCGAGAUCUUUGGAACUGAGGGCAAACCAGCAAUCGCUCACCGUGACCUGAAAACAAAGAAUAUCCUGGUUCGUAACAACGGUACCUGCGUGAUAGCCGAUUUUGGUCUGGCAGUGACUCACAGUCAGACAACGAACAAGAUCGAUAUGGGGAAUACGGCCCGGGUUGGAACGAAGCGAUAUAUGGCCCCGGAAGUGCUUGACGAGAGCAUUAACCUGGAAUGCUUCGAAUCGCUGCGCAAGGCUGACAUUUAUGCGAUCGGACUGGUGUUCUGGGAAGUCUGCCGUCGAACACUGUCCAACGGUAUUGCCGAAGAUUACAAGGUACCGUACUACGACUGUGUUACGUCUGAUCCCAGCUUCGAGGAGAUGCGAAAGGUCGUCUGUGUGGAUAACUACCGGCCCUCGAUACCGAACCGGUGGGCGUCUGAUCCGCCACUCGACGGCAUGGCGAAGCUGAUGCGCGAAUGCUGGCACGCAAACUCCAACGUCCGCCUGACUGCACUGCGGGUAAAGAAAACGCUCCAGAAAUUGACCCGAUCGGACGAAAAGCUCAACUACGAUCACGAUUUCGAUGGUGAUAUUUGUGUUUGAUGGCGGCCCUCCCCGCUUGGCUACCACCACAGUCCGGAGCGUUUCCGAGUACUCAUUAUCAUCGUGGUCUCUAUCGCAAUCGAUAGGGGAGCAACAUUCAUCAGCUUCAAAGGGCGUUGUUGCUGCUGAUAGAGAAAGUAUCAGAAACAACUAUAUCAUUUUCGUAGUAAGUUACUUCGUGUCUGUGCAUGUGGGUCAGUGUGUCUGGUCGAAGAGAGAAAGGUUUACGGAUGUUUUGUUGCAAAUGUGGACACGAAUCAUUCAAAUGACCGUCUCAUAGAUGUUCCAGUGAGUAUACUGUCUAGUGUCUGUAAAUAUUUAUACAUACAUUUAUUAGGUUAGAAUUGUUGUCGAUACGGAUAACUCAACAUUGAGCAAUUUUUGCACUAUUUUAUAACAUUAUUUUUAUUAUAAACUCAUAUCGUCACAUUAGAUUUUGGCUUCAUCAUGUUUUUUGAAACAAGUAGUUAAAGGUUUAUUUCACUGGAGUUUUAUUCAUUUUAUUAAAAAUGACGUAUUUUUUCUUUUCUUUUACAAAAAAACCAUUAUUCUAAUUACAUUGAAUAUUAGACAUAGUUUAGUAUGUAACAAUCGAAGUAGGAUACAAAAUCAAAAUCAGAAAAUAUUCAGUAUUAUUAACUGAAUGAAAUACGAUAAUAAAAAAACAAAUACUUUAAAUGAACAUAAUAUUUACAAAGUUGAGAAAAUAUUAUUAGCAUAUAGGUAACUUUCAUCAAACCGUGAAUGUAGAAUCAAUCUGUUGAUCUAAAUUGAUUGCGAACCCAAUAAAAAAAACAAGUGAUCCAAGAUUGCGACAAUCUAAAUGCUUGUGAGCCAAUCUUUAAUUUAUUAGUUCCGGAAAGGGGAUGCGGAACACUUUCAAGUUAAGUGCCAUUAAAUGAAAACAAAAAAUAAGCCCUAUUGAUUUCACAUCCUUUCGGAGCAGUUUUGUAUAUAAAAUAUAGUUACUGUUCAUUGGUCAAAAAACAGCGAACAACUUCCGGUAAGCGGUUCUGAUUCUAAACCUGAGUGUGUUUUGUUUGACUUUAAUAUAAUAUAACAUAGUUUGAAUUGAAGUUUUACAACAUUACAGAAAAUACGUACGUGCGAGUUUCGCGUUAUUCGUGUAGUAACAACAAAAGUAUAAUUUAAUGCAAAUAUUUAUGUGUCGAUAGUUUUCUAUUAAACAAGGCAGAGUAAACCCAAAUGGUGGAAUGUUAUUUCCAUCGGUAAGCAAGUAGACUAGGAUUUGAUGAGUUGAUUUUAGAUUACUGAUUAACGAAAUAGACGAUAGAUGUAUUUAGUUUAUAUUGUAA